CCGUAGGGGGGUCCCGCCGGCAAACGGUGCACGGACCCUUAGAGAAGGUGCAGUCUGUUUAAGGUUUAGUUCACCAACUUGGGAGCUACUCGGCAUGACGUAUACGACGAUUGCCGGUGACGAAGAAAUGAGCGAGACAAACAUAACAAGGAGCCGGAGGGAUAAUUCCUGUUAUAUUUCAUAAUUAUUUCGAUUGCCGGUUCUUAUACCUACGCGCAUUGCCCAUGAUAACUUCCACCGCCCUCGUAUCUCUCUCUGUUGUUUCUGGUUUCAGCAUUUAAUCGCAAUGGCUUGGCAGGAUCAAGCAACUGCUGUGAGCUCAAUCGGCUUGCGAUUGGCGGCUUACGUCUUUCUCAGAUGGAUUCCUACUCCCGUAUGCCCACCUAUCAUCUACACGCUGUUCGCCCUUUAUAUCCCGUCGUUUAUCGCGUCCUAUCUGGGCCGGUCCCAGUACGAUGUUAUCGCGGAUGAGGUCGAUGUGAAGGUCCACAACACCCAAGCAAACGGACAACCACAAUCAUAUGCGGAUGCUGUGGCGGGAUCUAGCCCGGAUAAUGACGACGGGGGUCACUCUACAACCGCCCAAGAAGAUUUUGAUGUCGAAGAGACUAUUAUUCUCGAGAAAAAAGGCCCCAAGGUAUUGAAGACUCUCUUGACAGGUCUCCCAAGCCCGACUAGCCGCUUUAUAUCAAUUGCGACUUUUCUCAUCAAUCUGGGACUAGUUUUGGCAGCCACGGAUCUCAUAUACCGUGCCAAGGUGCAAUAUCCUAGCAACGAUCUUUCAUUUGCUCGCCUUGGAUAUGUGUCGGAUUCAGAGGCGAAGCUACUCGUUCGGGAGCCAGACCGAGCCAACCUGCCGAUAUACGUCUCUGUACGCAACCUGGAUCCACACAGUGGCGUGGCAGAUUCUGGAUGGCGAAGCUACGGUCCAAUCACUAACCUCAGCAACGACACGGAUUACACUUCGGCGAUUUCUAUUCCACUCCCGAGAACAAUAGGAAGAGCCGGAAGGAACAAGUACGAGUAUGUGACGUCGAACAACCACAAAGGAUUUAUUACGAGUGCGCCGAGGAUUGGCUAUACCAGUGAACCCGAUGGAAAGUUUACUUUCUUGACUUCUAGUUGCAUUAUUCCAAGGUUUCCGUACAACCCAUUCAAACACCCGUUGAGCAUUCCAGGAUUUAAACAUCUUGCGAAGGUUCUACCAUCUUUGGACGCGCAGUUUAUGCUCUUCCUCGGAGACUUCAUUUACAUCGAUGUCCCAAAGCGCUUUGGUUAUCAUGUCGAGGACUAUCGCCGCGACUAUCGACAAGUCUAUGCCUCCCCAGACUGGCCAGCAGUUUCACAGAACCUGAGCUGGAUCCACGUCAUCGACGACCAUGAAAUCGCCAAUGAUUUCGAUUUAAACACGGAGGACCACGAGACAAGUCUUUACCAAACAGCAAUUGAGCCUUGGAACAACUACCAGGGUGCAGUCAACCCCCCUGUUGCCCGCAAGUCUAGCAUCUACAACAGGGACCGAACAGACGCCACAUACUUUGAGUUCACCCAGGGCCCAGCGACCUUCUUUAUGAUGGAUACUCGCAGGUACAGGGACCUCAAUGCCGGUCUACCCGCCAACGAGACUGGGAAAUCCAUGCUAGGAAACGAGCAAUUGCAUGAUCUACUCGCCUUCCUUGCCCGACCAGUGCCUCGGGGCGUGAGAUGGAAGUUCGUGGUCAGCAGUGUUCCCUUCACCAAGAACUGGAAGGUCAACAACCUGGAUACUUGGGCAGGAUUCUUGGAUGAACGUCAAAAAAUCCUUGAGGCUAUGUGGGAUGUUGGCUUGAAAGGCGGCGUUGGCGUUGUGGUGUUGUCUGGUGAUCGCCAUGAGUUCGCCUCAACGGCGUUCCCACCCCCUCUAGGCGGAAAGUGGCCACUUAGUUCCACGGUGCAUGAGUUUUCGACGAGUCCUUUGAGCCAGUUUUACUUGCCUAUUCCGAGUUAUCGGCAGACGGACGAUGAUGAUGUGCUCGUGAAGUAUAUUGCAGAAGGAAAUUCGAAGUUCGGGUCUGUGACUAUUGAAAGCCCAGAAGCUAGUGAUCAGAGCCUUCUGAAGUUCAGGCUUUUCAUUGAUGGGGAGGAAGCAUGGAAUUCUAUUCUCCUAUCUCCUCCGAUGCUGAAAGGGAAAGGAAGGAGUAAAGAUGCGUUGUGGGGAUAGAAUACGAUAUGGUUAAGUAUAUAUAGUAGAAAAUAAUAGUCUUUGUUGCGC